AUGGGUGGUCCUGGUAUGGCUGCCAUGCUAGUAGCUCCUGCUACUAGUAGUGCCACUAUAGCCGCGGACGACAGUUGGCGAUACAAGUGCGAGAGCGCCAAGCCACAUAAAGUUUCUGCUCGCCACGUACCGCAUGUUGAAGUUUUUCGCACCAGCGGGACUGGAGUGGUCCCACCAUUCAAGUCUUUGGGUACUUUUGCUCCAUUCGGAUCGUGGACGCCCUGA